AUGAAUCUUUGCAACUUGUUAUUUGCUAUAGCUUUGAGUACUUUAUUACCAUCGGUACUGUCUCAAAGAUUGUCCAUUACUUCUCCUGGGCCCAAUGCGGUUGUGAAAGCAGGCGCUACCACGGAUGUAGUACUUCACUUUGAAUCCACCACUUCCUCAGUAAAACAAGUGGCAUGUACUCUUGGCUUUCGACCCGUUGGUGCCGGCAACGCCCUUUAUGCUGCCACCUUAGUAUUCGAUGAAUCUGGACCAAAAUUCGAAGGAAGCACCUAUACUUGGAAAGUGGCUUUACCGAAUGCCGACAAAUUCGGACAGGGAAUCGGUCAACGUUACAAUUUGACACUUUCUCAAUUCUACUUGCUCGGUGCUACGAACACCCCAAUGGUUUCCGAGUUUGCUAAUGUUGUUACUGUUCAAUAA